CUCUGGUCUGCAGAAGAAAAAAGAUCCAGGUUAGAUGCAAUAAGCGCUUUCCCUGAUGGAGCUCAGGAGGGAGGGGCGGAAAUGGAGAUGGGAGUGUUAGAGGAUGUAAUGUGUCCGAGUGAGAUGCCUCUCUUUGCUUUUUCUAUUCAAGUCUGAUACAUGGCAGUGUAGCCGUGGCAGACUGAGCUGUGCUGAGCUGCUCGCUCCUGGAUUCACCAUAUGCACCUAGGACUCGUCAACCUGGAUUUUGUGGAUGUAAGAAAGCGUUUUUUGAAUGAGGGGCAGAUACUGGGACACAGAGGAAUUCGAUGCUCUUUGGAAAGCCUUGCUAGUGGCCAGAGCACAGGAACAGAGCCCAGAGCGAACUAGAGGAGCUGAGUGGACUGGCCACAGUGAGUAUUUGGAGCUUGUGGACUAGCGAUGGACAGCUGGACUCUCCAAGGGGACAGCUACUCCUUCCUGCGCAGUGCGCCCCGCACCUUUUCCCUGUGCCACCGUGACGGCACGCCCAACCACGUCGAAAUCUUCGACAUUAUCAACGUCCCCACUCAGCGCAGCGCCAUCUCCGAGACCACCUGCCUGUGUGACAUUUUCGGAGACGACUGUGAGUCAUCAUUGCUCUCGAGCAGCCCUGCUGUAGCGGCCUUUGUCCCUUCCCAGAGGGAGGUGGACGGGACAGCUGCCGCAUCUCCGCCGGUGGAUGAUCAGAACGAUUCCUCCAGCUCAUAUCACACUGCACCGGGCUCCAGUGAAGGAGAGGAGGGCUUUGAGGAUUCAGGAGAAAGGGUUUAUAGCCCCCCGUUACAGAGUGAGUCUUCAGGGAGGAAGCUAUCAGAUGGGAAGUGGCUGAGCUCAGGACGUCCAGAAGUAACUCAGGACUGUCGCCCAAAUUUAGAACCAACCAGUAAAUCACCAGUACCCCAACUCAGAACAACAAGCCCCUCAUCUCAAGUCCCUCAUACUAGUGAGAGAACCCCCUCUCCUGGACAUAACAGCUCCUGUACCCUCAGUCCAGAGGGAAGGCUGUCCUCCUUGUCCUCCUCAGCUGAGAAAAGACGUUCUCCAUCAUCUCCCGAUUCAAUACAGACACGUACAGAGACUGAAUCGAGGAGAAUAACUCCUGUAUUCAAAGGAACACCCAACAGCGUCUCACGUCAAUCUUUAACUCCAAGUCCCUCUCUUGAGCCUAGAAACUGUGUCAGUUCAUGUUCUGCUGAAUCAGCAAACACUCAAUUUUUGCCGGAGUUCGGAGUAACACAAGACUUCCCUGAGCCAAGAGCUAACUAUUUAAAUCAAAACUGCAGUCCGUCAGCUGAGCUCACAUCUGGAGGCGUUUCUCAGGAUUUUACAGAAUCAGCCUUUGAAUUCAGAGCAUCUCCUUUACCGUCACCCAGCAGUGCAGAAUUAUUAUCUCAGUCAAGAGAAACACUGGUCUCCCCCGAGCUUAGAAAUACGUCCUCAUCUUCUCCUUUCCCUGAGCUAAGAGGCAGGGUCUCCCUACCUGAUUUGUUUAGCAGAGGAUCCACACCUGAUAUAGAAGAUUCACCCCACAGUGCUGAGCUGAUUUCAAAUCACUGUACUCCAGAUAGAGACGCUACAGCUACUCCUGCGAGCCAAGACACGAGCUUAUCGGUUGAACAAGACAGUACUAUUUCUACACCUGCCCCACGAUACACGCCCCCCUCACCUGUCGUUUCAAUAACAACAUCUCCUGAGCUUGUGGAGAGUUCUGUUUCGCCUGAAUUAAGAAACACAAGUCGCUCGCCUGGCCUGCUCAGUGCUGCCUCUCCGGCUAAACCUGGGACAAGAACGCCUUCGCCUGAUCCUUCAUCUAAAAUACAACACAAUUUAACAUUUUCUGAAAGCAGGAGCCCAGUGUCUUCACCUGUGGGAAGUUCUAGUUUAUCUCCAUCACCCAUAGAGCACAGAUAUACCGCUCCUUCACCUGAAAUCAGGAUUACAGCAUCCUCUCCUGAGAUCAGUAGGAAAGAGCAACUUUCUGAAGUGGAGACGGGCUCUCACUUUGAUUCUUCCUCAUCAAGAAGCCCCAAUUCCUCCCCUCAUAUUACAGGGAUUUCAUACUCUGUUGUACAGCCCGAGGACAGGCACUCACCCCCGUUCCCUGAACUCUCUCAUCUUUCAACACCAGAUCCAGAUAGGACACACAUGUCCUCUGAAGCCAGAAGCCUUACCCCGAGCAGAGACAGCACAGUGAGCAGUAUAGCAGAGUCCACCGGUACGCCACGAGACUCACCUCAAAUAUUAGACCCGACCAGCUCUGUCCCAGAAGACUCUGAAAUAACUCAACCCAGGUACCAAACACCUUCACCUCAGUCGAACCAUCACACCCCCUCACCGGAACCAAGAUAUCAAACCAUUUCUCCUGACAAGUGUCAAAGUCCUUCACCUCAGCACAGAAGUAGAGGCUCAUCACCGGUUGCUGCAUUUCCUGAGCAGAGCUACUCACCAGCAACCCUCUCUGCAGAGUACGUCCCUGAGAAUCCACAACUUACUCCUCCUGUAAGAAAUACACCUGAAAUUGAAAGGGUUCCCUCUUCAGUUGAUAUCACAGAAACACAGUCCCCCACACAUUUGGGAAAAGAGAGUGUGUCACCUUCAUUUGAAUUAGACAAGGGAGAAGUUGUUGAAGUCAAUAGCAUUUCUCCUGUGGUGGCAGUUCAUUCGCCUGUAGCUGCUUCACCUGUCUUACCCGAGGAAAAAUUAGACAGUUCGCUGAUCCAACACACCACGGAGAGAGAAGAAACAACAAAAGAAGAAUACAUUCAAGAUAACUCUAGUGUAGCUAUCUCCUCUGAGGACAAUCAAGCAGCCUUUUUUCAGAUCAAAGAUAACAAUCCCGCCAUAGAAGUCAAGACUCAUUCCCCUAAUCUAAUAAUCCCUAAGAAUAGGAGUCCAAAUAUUUCACCUGUCCAGAGGGCUACAUCUAACUCACCCGUGCAGAGACUUGAAGACCAAGAGCCUCAAGUGACUUCUUAUUCCCUAACGUCUGAAAGAAUAAGCCCACCAAAGCCAACUUGUACACCUGAGACCCCAAGAGGACAGCUGUUACCCAAAGUUAGCCGUGAAAACAGAGAGAGGUUCUCAGAGGACAUGGCCCAUCACACAAACAGACGGCGAACUCCAUCUCCGCCACUCACCAGGUUCACACCUGUCCACAUCGUAGCCCCUGAGAAACCUUACAGACAGUGGCAGAACAAAAGACAUAGCCCCUCUCAGGUUGUAGCAUCCUCACCGAAAGGUAAUUUAAAGAAAGUGGUGACAAACAGGGAAAGCCCCAACGUUGCCCAUGUAGACAAUAAUAGCCAAGCCCACUGGGUCAGGCAGGGAAGGCAAUUGGAGAUGGAGAGGGAAAUGCCGCUGGAGCAAGAGAGAGAGGUAGGUAGGCAGAGGCAAAGGGACAGGGAGGUGGAAAGAGAGAGAAAGAGGGAGGAGCAAGUUCCAGAAAAGGAGGAGGGGUGGCAAAGGGACGCCAGUUACAGAGGGGAACAGGUUGAGCUGUCAUUCAGUGCCAGGAAUAGAAAAGGACCUGCGAGUCGCAGUGCUGCUCCCACAAGCAGAGAGACCCGUCAGGGACUGCCAACAGUGCAUUCCUACUCAGAGAGCUUGCUUGCCACCAGACAGCUACAGCAACAACAGGGUCUCCAUAGAAUUGCCUCUCAACAAGACACCAGGGGAGGCAGUGCUAACAGACGACUUCAGCCUCCUGCACCCCACAACAAGAGCAGUGCGUCUGGACGCGUGGCCACAAGCAGGCCCUGUCAGAGUUCCAGCUCCAGCAUGGGAAGUGAACUCGAUGAGGCAGACAAUGAGGUGAAGUGGUUUACAGAUUUGGCUUUCCGCAGCCUGUCAAGCCCUGAAGUAGAUUACCUUGACAUGUACAACUCUAGCCACCGUUCAUCUACAAACAUUUCUCAACCAUCUACCCAGGAGAGUCCAGCUGGGGUCAAUGCUGCCUGGCUGGCCUAUGCUGAUUUCAGAGGUUCUGCAUCCAAGCUGGACCAUGAUGACCUCUUGCUCCAGCAAACAAAUGCCUACUACUCAGAUGGCCUAGAUCCGUCUAGGCGGUAUGAGUUGGGCAGCUUUGAAUGUGUAGAUGUGGCUGUGGAAAGAGAGGACACACGGAAGGUGAGAAGAGGUGUGCCAAAGAGACAGAUCCAGCUGAAAAGAAGGAAUAAUGCUGAUGGGACGCAGGAUGAGAGCAGUGAAAACAGUAGUCCUGGGCUACCAGUAAUAGAAAGCCCCUCACAGGAGAGUCACUCAAGGACCUUUUUGAGACAACACAGCACACCAGCAGCAAUGCAAGAAUGCUACCCUUCAGAACGCAGCCCUGAACCCAUUCAGCAGAAUGCAAGAAAAUCCAAACUCCAGAAAUCUGCCUCUGUGGAUGAAACAUGCACUAAAACCAAGAUGGCAACUUGCCUCAUUAAGAGUGUGUUGUCGAAGAAAAUGCAAAGUGUUGAUAAAGAGCCUGAUGAGCGAGCAGGCGAAGAAGAAAGUCCCACUUCUGAGGAGAACAAUCCACGGACGGAAAAAGCGGUGGCACCUCUUAAAGAAUCCCCAAAACCUGACGCACUCAGUUCCAGUCGCCAGUCGGAUUAUAGUCUUUCAUCUGACAGUCUUCCUGUGAGAGGAGAACCAAGCACAAAGGAUGAAGCCAAGCCCCGCAAAUGUCUGGGAACAAGAUCCAAUAACAGGCCCAGUUCAUCCAGCAGCAGCAGAAGUGUUAGCUUUUCACAGACUGACAGCGAAGAUGCGGACUCUGUAAGCAAGAAUGCAACUUCAUUAAGACCUGAAAUUAAAUCUGAACUGAAAGUGCCAUUUGACAGUAAACAGCCGAGAAUGGAAGUUCAACACGGGAAAACACAUGAAAGGAAGGAGGGUGGUGACUCGGCAAAUGCCGCUGCCGGGAACGCAGGCGCUCCUUCUGCCACCGGAGCCCGCAGCUCACAGGUCAGGGUGACAAACAGAGACCAGGAAUGUGAAAACACAGAGGACCAUAAACAACUUCAGCGCAAUGGCCACAUGCCAAAACCACAGGAGAUUACACUCAAAGCUGUGGAGAAAAAGAAAGCCUCUCUUAAUGUCUGUCUCACACCUGAGGCAGAAAACAAACCUGGCGCUUCUUCCCCAGACAUGUCUGUCAGAGGAAAGGAGGAAAAGAUGGAGCCGAAUGUGUAUGAGAAAACAGAGGAAGAAGGAUAUGAGAGCAAUAAAGUUAAGGCGCCCAUUCACAAAGUCAGAGAUGUGAGGAGGCUUGUGAAAAAUACCUAUAAUUUGUCCUUCAAGGCAGCUAGUGCCGUGAUGCCAUCCAUUGUGAAUGAAGAGAGGGUGGAGACGUUUAAUGAGGAAAGAAAGGAGGAGGUCAUAGCAAGGGAGGAGAGGGAGAUAAAGCACGAGGUGAGGAGGGAGGAGAGGAGAGAGGAAAGACAAGAGGAGUUCUGGAUGGAAAGGAAAGAGGAACGGAAAGAGGAGGUAAAAGAUUCAAAAACCGUAUCUCCACUUCCUCAGAGCAAAGGAAGGCCUGGUCCACAGACAGUGCAAAUAGAAUACAAGGCCGUUUGCCUGAAAGAAGGCAAAAAUAAAACAUCUUGCAACAAAAGCGCCUCAGAGAACCCAGGUGACAAACCCCAGGCCUCUUCAAAGCCUGUCAGAGAGGUAAACAGGGAGACAGAGUCUUUGAACUCAAAUACAUCAAAUGACACAGCAGGAGACACAACAGUUGCCAGGCAUGAUGUCAACAUUACAACAGAAACGCAAAGGAUAACGACAGAAAUUCAUACAGUGCAAGACAGUGAAGACAAACCCGUGGUGGCUAGAAAACCUCCCAUGCUCGGAAGUCUCCCUAAAGUGCCCAGUAAAGAACGAGAGGUGACCACUGCUGUCGUGCUAAUAAGGGAUGGAUCAAACAAAACCACUAAAACACUUUCCACAGCCCAGGAAGAGGUCCCCACCACAACGCAACCUCCAGCAGCUUCUUCUUCCCCUGGACCCUCUACCCCAGGUAGCCACUCGGUCUCCAUGUUAUUGAAGGAGAAAGGCUACCAAGCUGACAUUGGAGCAGUGGUGGGUGACAACCAGAACACAACUGGAGGUAAAGGAGUUCCCCGAAAGCAUGUGAACUGCCUGGAGAUCCCCCUUCAGACCAUCACUGCCUCAGACGGCAGCUGUAUUGAGGCUCACAGAGAAAGGACAUUCUCCUCCUCAUCCACCACAUCUGCACUGUCAGUGGGGACUGACAACAUGGACGCUCUCACAAAGACCAGGGAAGAGGAGGGGGUCAGUAAUAAGACGACAGGAAAAGACACACAAGCAGGACUCACCCCGGCAAGGAACAUGCAACAACAAACACCACCUCUCACCAAACAGAAAGACCUGGGAGAUUUUGAAGCUGUGAAAAGAAUAGAUCCAACUUUCCCUCCAAGGUCCCCUGCGAUAAGACGAUUCAAACCACAGCCAAUUGAGGUAAAGUCACUUUCUAAAGAACCACAGAAGCAAGAGGUGCCUGCAAACUCUACAGGAACCAACAGGCCUCAAGCCAUUGAAGUUAAAUCUAUAGCUAAAAAUGCUCAGAAGCCCGUUGUGCCUCCCAAACCAAGCUGCAAAUUUAAACCUGCAGAUUUAGGAACGCUGCCUAAUGAAGCACAGAGACUAUCAGCAACAACAUCCGCAACAAAAUCCCAAGGUGAGGAGAGGAGUCAAACAAUAGUGGUGAGCUCACCGACAAUCUACAGGAAGAUUUCGAAUGAUUCAACAUCGAGUUAUUCGAGAAAAGUGUCUGUGUCUGCAGUGUCCAGCCUCAAACCUCCAACUAGCAAAACAACAGCAACAACUAUCUCGGGUCUCUCGAACCAGUCAACAGCAUCAUCCGAUACAGAGGUAUCUAAUGACAGAGGGCAGCUACCACCCGCCUCUCCUCAGACCUCCAGACAUUCACAAAAACCUAUAACCUUAUCUACAGCUCCAGCGUCAAGUGUAACCUCACCGCCUUCUCCAGUUUCUGCACCAAAACCAAACCAAAUCCCUGGACCUGCCUCAGCUGAAGCCAGUCAGCCAAGCCAGCCGGCUGUUACGGGUUCAGACAGCCAACCGCAGUAUCCCAGGACAGCAUGCCCACAUGAACAAGCUAUGCCAGCAACUUCAAGCAAUACCAGGCAGCCCGCUGCUGUUUCCACGACACAAGUGCCAAGAUACACACACCAGCCAUACGGCAGAUCACUCUCCAGUGACCGCUCUCGGAGGACCGAUGACCUUCGUUUUUAUGCCUCAGACGACCCUCCAAGCUAUGAUGACAGGGAGAGUUUCAGUCCACUCAUGCUCCCAGAUUUGACACCUGUGAGGCCAAAUCGCUUUCAACCCUCCAACCGACCUCCUCCCUGCUCCUGCACAGCUGGGUGUCCAUCUCAUCCUGGUCUCACUGCUGCACACCAUCACCGCAGCCCCCAUAAUGUCACCCCGCCAGCACCUGCACACUCUCCCAGCCAAGCACUACCUUAUCCGGUGGCUCAGCCCGCUCUCCGUCCUCACCAGUGCAGACCAGAGCCUCCGCCGUUGAACUACCAGCCAGGCUCUCCCAAAUCGAGUCCUCUUGGGCCAGGCCAGGCACCGACCAUGUACCAGCCUCUCCAUCAGCCUGCUCCUUGCCCUCCCCACCCCUCACUCACGCAGGCCUGCUCCGCCGACCGCCCGGUGCAGCCACCCCAGCAUAUUGACCCUCGCAGGCCCCCGGUCCACAGAUCCCCCCACCAGCCGCCACCAGGCAUGGCUGGGGCUCCUUACAGCGAUACGGGCCACAGCCACUCUCCUGGCCUUCCUCCUAUGGAUCCUCAGUACCUAUGUGGCCCUCAAAGCAUGGGGCCGUCCUAUGGCUCUGAAUAUGGGGGUGACAGCUCUAGUUUAUACUCAGAGAGCAGCUACGGACAGACGCCUCGCAGAGUUCUCCUGGAUCCUGAAACGGGGAAGUAUUUUUAUAUCGAGGUGCCUGUGCAGCCACUGAGAAAAAUGCUGUUUGACCCAGAGACUGGCCAGUAUGUGGAAGUGCUCAUCCCUCAGCAAGCAAUGUCACAUUCAGGCCUGUAUCCUCCUUCAGCAGCGCCCUACCCGCCUCUCCAUAAUUCCAACAUGUACGCCCCUGCUCCACAGUACAUGCCCUAUGCAGCCCAUCCUCCCCCAGCUCACCCUCAAGCUCAGCCCCAGCCACCCCGAUAUCCCGAGGUCUCUGCUGCAGCAGCAGCGAUGCAUCCAAGCGGCCCUGGGGUCAGCUACAGACAUCCCGCUGGUCAGGGGUCCAAGCCAGAUCCCCAGAACCAUCCACCACUGGACCACAGCUACCUGGAGAGCAUGUAUUACGUCCCUACAGGGAUGAAUGCGAGCCCCAACCCAACUCCACCAGACUAUUACCACAAACAUCCCCCUAACUUGCCGCCAACAGGGGGGAAAAGGUCCUGAAAUAGAGGGCAGAGGCCGCCUUCCUGGAGCCGGUAGGGUUUAAAAUACACGAUGUAUAAAGGGGGUGUCUAAUGUUAGUCUGUAAUGUUAUUUGAGUUUUCACAUUGCAACUGAAGACAGCAAAUCUUUGGUUGAUGUUUAUCCACUGCUGCUAUGUUCUUUGUUAGACUGCUUUGACAAAAUCAGAUUUAUGAGACUUGGGUUAACAAUACUGAAAAUACAAGUAAGAAGUCAUUUUCUAUGAGGCGUUCUUCACAUGAUCACGUAAACAUUUUUACAUGGGAUGAGAAGAAUACUGUAACGUCACCAUAAAUCAGUAGGUUUACUAAUUUACAAAAGUGUGUACUUUCUCAAUAAAUGUAAAAAUACAACGAAAAAAAAUACUGUUUUAAAAUAACCUCAUAUUUAUUUUGUUAUUGUGUUUCUCUAAUAUUGGAUGAGUGAGUUUUAUGCACAGGAUGUCUGCAACACAAUGCAAUAAUGCCAAUAAAAUAUUGCACCACA